UGCAACGGUUCACUGUGGCCGUGCCACACUCCACACUGUGUCAUUUGCGUCUCUUGUUGAAAAGCUCUCAUGCAGCAGACUACCUAUUUAUUGUGGAAACAGCAUGAUCCCCUGAUUUGUUUAGGGCAGUGCGGUCAGUGCUUAUUCAACGUUGUAUAUACAAAGUAAUGGAACACCGUAGAUAUGCAUCUAUAUGAUUCAACGAUUUGUCGUUUGUGCGCGGCGGACAAUGGCAACGAGCAUUUAUUCAUCAGUGAAACAGGCGAGUCGAAUCUAUGCUCACUGGUGAAUCGUUACCUGCCUUUGAAGAUUUAUGAUGAUGGAAAAUUACCAUGUACAAUUUGUCCGGGUUGUAAUAUCCAAUUGGAAGCAACAACGCAAUUUUUUGAGUUAUUGGUGGCUGGUCAAUGUAAAAUACGUGAACUGUGGAAACAUCAAGUCGAGCAGCAGCGGAGAGCAGAACAUUUGCGCAAUAGAAAGGAAAAUGUAGAAUUUGAAGGAAUGGAAAUGGAU